CCAUUUUCGCUCAAGCCAUUUCGACCCAAGCUUGUAACCUCACGCUGCGGAACGCGCUGUUCUCUGAUGCGACCCCUGGUGCUCUCGGCAGCAGCUGCGGUGCUCCUGCAGCAAGCCUCGCUGCCUCGUGCAGCCCCAGAUGCGAAGACGACCACUGUCGCGGGCGUCCCGCAUGGCGGCGCGCAGUGUGCGACGGCGUGGGAUUGCGCCCUCGGUGGCGUGUGCGAUUCUGGGCAGUGCAAGUGUGACGUUUGGUUCACUGGUGGCAAUUGCACGCUCCUCAACCUUGCACGCGCAAGGCGGAACAAUGGUUUCAACAUGACGGGGCUUGGCUGGUCUUCGUGGGGAGGCCACGCGGUGCCUGACGAGCAGGCGAACGGCUGGGUCGGCCUCUUCUCAUUGAUGGCGGACAAGUGUGGCCUCAGAGACUACCACAGCAACAGCGAAAGCAUCAUGGCGUUUGCGCAGGAGGUGGACGGCCCGUACACGUUGCGCGAACCGUCAGACCCAGACGCAGCAGCAAAUGUGGCGGUGCCACCACCGUCGCAUUGCACGCAGAUCAAGAGGCAUCCAAGCGGCGAGUAUCACUUGUGGCACAUCUUUGCCGGUGGUAUGGACAACGGCUCCUCGAGAGAUCCGCAGCCGGCCCGCAAGAGCUGCAGCUCUGGCCCGGGAUCCAGAUCCAGCUUGCCGCCCCAGGAGGCGGGAGGCUUCCAGCAGCAGCUGUUCAUCCACACCUCGCGCACUCCGCGGGGGCCGUGGAGCCAGCACGGCACGCCAGUCGAGAUAAGGACCGUGCGAGGCACGACGGCGGUCCAGGCCUCGUGCGCGGCGCCGUACUACUUCCAGAAUGGCUCCGCUCUCGCGGUCUGGGGCGGCGGCGCCUGCCCGCAGGGCUGGGGCGGCACGGGCGGUGCCCACGGCGGGGGCGUGGGCUGCCUGUGGGCUGCCGCUGCGGCGCAGUGGCAGGGCCCCUACCGGCAGCUGGGGGGCCCUCCGGGAGACCCGGUGACGCACCCGGAGAACGAGGACCCAGCAAUCUUCAUGGACCUCCGAGGAGGGCAAGGUAUACCCAUGCCGCUACCAUUCGCCCCUUCUCCCCGUCAGGGGGGCUCCUGGGCAGCCCUCGUUGGCACCGCUGGAUUCGGCCCGAGAUCCUGGUCAGAAUGCGCCCUGGGAGAGGCCCGGGGAGCAGAGUCAACCCGCAUAGUGUAA